GCGUCUUGGCGGAGGGCGCGCGCUUCGUUGACCAAUCAUCAGGCGCGUAGGCGUUGGUGGGGAAGAGUCUCCACCGCGUACAGUGGUGGGAGCGCCGCGCCGCAUACGCGCGGUACCCGUCUCGCUCCCCGAGGGGUUCCCCUGUGCCUUUCCCCCUCUCUCUUCUCUCCUCUUUGCUGCCGCCUAUCUCUCUGACUUUUGAGUGCGACUACUACGAGUUGGCGCGGCCGCAACGGUACCCGGGCACACGCUGCCCGAUUCUUGUCGCUGUCCUCUCGACUCCUCCGCGGCCGCCGCGUUUCUGCCGCCACCCACAGAGCGCGGAGGCAUGGAGCACGCGUGGCCCCCGUGAGCGCUUGGCUGAAGGGGGCCACCUGGCUCUGGGAGGGAUGCGGCUCUGGUGGGUGCUGAGCUGUGCGGUCACGUGGGCCGUCCUCGCCGUUCUACUCCUCAGCAGGCUCCUGUCGAUGAACCGGCCACCUUACCGGGGUCUUACCACAGAGUUCUUCAGCAGAACAGAAAUUGGGAACUUUUCAAGGAGUUUAUCCAGACCCAAGCAACACCUGUCCAAGGAAUCGCCGGGUCGCGCGGAGACGCGGAGCACGGUGGAGGCGGUGCAGCGCGAGCGGCAGGAGCUGCUGCGUCGCGUGUGCGCCGACCCCGCGCUGCACAACCUCACGCACACCAACGUGUCCCACUUCGUCCUCAGCCGCAUCUUCGUGUGCGACCACUACCGCAUCCUCUUCUGCCAGACGCCCAAGGUUGGCAACACGCAGUGGAAGAAGGUCCUCCUGGUGGCGAACGGUGAGCGCUCCAGCCGAGCGGGAAAAGGCCGCUACAACAGCACGAGCGACGUGCCUGAAGACAUCGUGCACCAGCACGACAAGAACGGCCUGCCUCGCCUCUCCAGCCUCCCUCCUGGGGAAGUCUCCCUGAGGCUACGGACGUACUUCAAGUUCCUGAUCGUGCGGGAACCGUUCGACCGCAUCAUCUCAGCCUUCAAGGACAAGUUCGUGAAGAACCCGCGGCAGGAGCCGUGGUACCGACAGAGGAUAGCCCCGGCAAUUGUGCGCCGCUACGGCUCGGGCCCCGCCCGCCGCCACGCCCUCCGCUUUGAGGACUUUGUGCGUUACCUGGGCGACGCGCAGGCCGAGCGAUUGGACGCCGCCUUCGGCGAGCACAUCAUCCACUGGGUGACGUACGUGCGGCUGUGCGCGCCCUGCCAGAUCGACUACGACGCCGUGGGGCAUCACGAGACACUGGAGAGCGACGCGCCGUACGUCCUGCGGCGGGCCGGGGUCCCGGGCCACGCGGCCUACCCACCCAUCCCGCCUGGUGUCACAGCGUUCAACCGUUCCAAGGUGCAGCACUAUUUCCGCGGGAUCAGCCCCACGUGGAUCAGGCGACUCUACCGCCGCUACGAGGGAGAUUUCCGGCUCUUCGGAUACGAGGAGCCCUCGUUUCUCUGGAUGUGAAUGUUGGCGGUGGAUAACGGCCGUGAUCGAGCGGAUAAGGGGCCCGCGGGGGUCCUAGGGAAAUCGGUCCAAAAUUACCAACGUUUUGUUUUCAUUCUAUUUUUGUACACAUAAUGAAAUUAGAUGCAUUUUUGGAAAAGCGAAAUUGGGUUAUUUUUCAUGAGUUUAGCAUUGGAUUAUUAACAGUGUUCCAGACCCGUGCAUUUAUUUUUUAGUGGUAUUACACAAAAAAAACGUCAUCCAUUGAGGGAAAUCCAUUUUUGUCUACACGCUCUGUGCGUACUUACAUUUGACAGUCUAUCCUGGAAAUGUAUGUUGAUGCACAAAAAGUGGAAACCACUGUUCUCUUUAGACGUCCGAACCUUCAUUGUCAUACCAAGCUAAAUGGUGCACAUCUAUCCACGUACCAAUGUGUUUUCUCAAUCUCUAUGACCUGAUCCCAUACUGGAAUGAGCCACUUGCAAUAUUUGAUUUAACACCGUAUGCUGCCACAACAAGCGGCAAUGCUAUGGAUUUUUGCCUGGCAUUUUAAACGUUGACGUUUUGUAACGCGGCCGUUGUUUUCUGAAACAAGCUGGGGUAAUGAAGCAGGACCGUGAUGCUGGCUGUGUGUAUUUGACUGGCCUCACAAACGAAAGUGUUUGGUGCUCGCUUGGCAUUUAAAACACACAUGCGGUCUUUGUUAGUUUCUGUACUCGGGAUGCACAGCUGCACUACUGGAAGUGGUAUAGGUUUCUACCAACCAACCUCCCCUUGCUGAUGUCUGUAGCCUGUUUCCGAUUGGUGAUAAGUUGGCAAUUCACGCACCGUUAACCGCAAAAGGGACGCGUGAAGCCAAGAAUCCAACUGAGUGUCACAUUGCACGUGGCAGCACAGAUUGAUUUAUGGACAUUUGAGACAAAUCCUCGAAUAACCAAUAAUAGUGAGAAACCGCAAGUGGCACAUAGAGACGCGACGGGGACUCGGCACAGCACUGCUGUUCUAACCCUGUUCACCGUCCCCAGUUUGUCGUUGUCAGAGUUGGCGACUUUUUAUUGAUCCUCAGCUCGUUAAGAGAGUGAGGUGUUUGAACAGUAAAUUGCGCCGUUGGGCAGUAUUGAAUUCGGUGGCAAUUCCCCAGUGGCAAAAUCCUCUAUUUUAGAAUCACAACUGUAGGCUGCUUAAAGAGGCUAAUGUACCAUGGUUUAAAGAUAAGUCCAAGAAAGGGCAUUGCUUUCCACAGUGUACGGGACAUUGAGGGCAGUGACCAGGGAACAUGCAGAGAUUAUGUUCGGAUGUGUUGGAAUUAAGUUUGAUUCCCAUGUUUGGCUGUAACUUUACACAUGGUACGUGGGCUAUCGUGUCAUCUUAUGUAUUAUUAUUUUGCACUUCAUCCUGCAAAUGGUGUUGUUGAAUGAAACCAGAUGACACUGUGCUGCAGUUAAGAGCGAUUGGCUCGCAUUCAAACGGUUUAGAGGUAAAAUCCCGCAUGGGGUGGCCUACUCAACCCAUCAGUUUUAUAGCACGAAUAAAAUACAUACCACUCUAUGGCUUGUGGCUUAUCUGCCCGCAAGGUGAUUGUCUUAUUACCCUUAAAGUGUGGAAUUUCCACCGCUGCCUCAUAGCCACCAAUGGAGGUGAGUGCUCCCCCCUGUGGUUAAUCCAGCAGAAGAGGAGGGGGGCACGGGUGGGGGGGGGGGGGUUUCUGUAAUUUGGUUGCUAACAAUAAUAACAAGCAGUCAACAGAACUAAUGGCUUAAAUUAAUUAAGAUGAGAUUGUAUGAAUUAAGGUAUUAUAUUUAGUGUUUGUAUAAUAAUUUAUCAACGCGCACAGGGAUUUCGUUGAUUACACCGUACUUGUCCACGGAGCUUGCCUGUCUGCGGAGGACGGGACCAUUAUGAGUCGUGUGGACUGCGUUUCUUAAGUCUCCCAUCGGUCGUCGCAUGCAUGUGUGUAUGUUGAAUGUCUUUCGCACGGUACGUAGCCAACCGGGCACGCCUGUCGUUGCUGCCGUUUCAGUGGCGUCUGCGAUCCGUUUACACCCGUUUUUUUAAACAGGGAAUUCAAUGGCGCCAUCCGUUUGCCAUGGGCUUGGUUGCUUUAUGGCGGAUGAAUCGAGGCGCACAUUUCGUAACAUUGCAAGAAGGAGGCGUUUAGAUUUGCACCUUAAGAGGGCAGCACCAAGACGUGCUGGUUAUACUCCAUAAUUUAAGGAAUGGUGUUGCUCAACUUAACUCUGGCUACUGGUUGAUGAGCACAGUCAGGACCGUGUGGCUUUAGUUUUUCUUAAAGGUGCCAUGGGGUGAAGUGCACUGCUAUCGAGUUUAAAUGUGCAGGUUGGCGUGUGGAGCAGACUGGGACGCGCAGCGUGGAGCAAAAGUUUUAUUAUUGCUGGCAGCUUCCAUUUCCACCUCAUUUGUUGAACAUUUUUGGAGACGAUGAUGACGAUGUUGCCUGCGUGAUUUAAAUCACCAAGCACUGUAAAUGUCGAGUGAAGGGAAGCUUUACAAACUUAGUGUUUAGUUAAAUUUGAAAAGUAGCAAAGGUAUCACAGCCCCUAAUGUAAUUGUAUCUACAGCCACGGUAGCUUGUGCUUUCGUCGUGGCCACGUUACAGUGCUUUCUCUUCUGAUCUGACCUUUCUGUUCAAGGUUGCAGUCAGCUGGCAUCCCUGCUCGGGGCAGCAUCAAAACCCCUGUAGCCAGGGAGACCGUGCUGUACGACCACUCUAUAUGCACUUCACACUCGAGAGAGAGAGAGAGCUCUUCGAAAGUUUGGGUACCGCCGUCUGCAGCGAUAUGUCUCCGUGGGAGUUAGCUUUAGUGGGGCUGCCUUUGCGCAGUGCGGUGCCGUGUUGAUGCGACUUUGCUUGAGGAGACAAUGGCAUGCACAGUCGUUUUCAUUGGCCUGUGGACUUGAUGCCACUGAACACGGGACGGGACGGCCGUAAAAAGUAAGCGGGUCCGCCAGCGAUUCGCAAGCAGAAAACGGUGGCAGUUCAAGCAAUCCGAGCCCAUGCACAUGUAUACUUGGUGACUGCUAGGCGGAACACACGCUGAAAAAUAUACAGAGGUAUUGGGAGAGGUGAAUGCUUGGAAUUGCACCAAGAGACAGAAGAGGGAACAACGUAGGUCAGAGAAAAAAGAAAGUGACAGCCAUCGUGUUGACAAUGGUAAAUGGGCUUGGGCAGGACAAAUCACGAGGCAGGAUGACGACUGAUGGAUGUGACUAGGUGGAUGGAUUAGCAGCCAAAAGAGAGAACGCACCCAAGAAGAUAAACCACCGCCAGAGAUGCGGCGAUGGGAUCGGUUCAUGUGCACAAGUGAGGUGGGCGGUAGCGGCACCAGACGUAUGAGGGAUGACAGCAGCAUGGGGAGGCCUUCAUCCAGCAGUGGAUAGACAAUGCCAUGAUGGUGGCAGGAACCACUGUGGGGUGUGACUUCAGUUGUUGCUGAGUACUUUCAAAAUUAAAAUCGUGUUGUGUGAUUGACUAUUACACAAUGGCUAUGAUUAUGGCCGAGGUUGAAUACACAAAUUACGUAUUGUGAUUGAGUAAUAGUGUUACUUUCAGUUACAAAUUAUUAUUGUUGGGAAAAUGUAUGAUUUAACGUAACUGAAGAUCUUUGGGGGAAAAAAUGUUGAGACGGUAAUAUUGUGCGAUUGAAUGCCAAUGCACGUGUCGUUUCAUUUACAUUGUGAUCCAGUUCCGCAGUACAACAACUGGCUCUGGGAAGGGCGGCGGUGUGUUCUAAGUGUACUGUAUCGAAGAUGAUGAUCACUAGUGGCAGGAAUGUCUGUCGCGUAAUUCUAGACCAGCAACAUCCUUAGCCCAUCAGGUGAUGUUACUGCGAAGCAAGCCGCACCGAGAAAUCGUUAUCACCUUUUAGUUUUGUGAGUAGUGGGGUGAAUUUUAAUUCGGUCACCAGUCACUGUAGCACAUGGCCACAUGUUGGUGUGUGUGUGCGUGUUAUUCGUUUUGCACUGAUCACUGAAAGAAACCGAACAAUUAUGUAAAACAGUGGCUUCUUUUUUAUUCCACUAAUCGGAUGUACUGUGUUUAAAAAUGUGUGUUAAAUAAAUCUUUAAAAAAUCGG